AUGAAUGAAAAAAGUGACGGAUUAGAAGAUGGAAAUGCUGAUAACUUGAGUGACUCUGCUGUCGUUGAAGAAUGCGAAAGGGAAAUGCAAGAUAUUUUUGAAUGGAGUAACCUAGAGACGGAAUCUCACCGAUCUCAGCGGCAAAUAGAUGCUAUUGUUGAAAAGAGAAAUCGGGAAGAAAGUGGAGAAAGUGACGAUGAAGAUUUUACUACGGUAACAAGAAGAAGACCGAAACGUUUACAUAGAAGUAAUUCGUCUAGUCAGCCGUUCAAUGGGAGCAGUACUAGUUCCGGGGAUGAAUUCCAGGUGUGUAUUACAUCAUUACAAAUAUUACCAAAACAGAUGGCACUAGCUAAGAUAUUAAAAGCGGAAAGAAUCGAUAAUAUCCUCAGAAUUAAGUACAAAAACCCAUACAAAGUGCUUAUUCAACUAAAAAAUAAAAACCAAGCUGAAAUUCUUAUGAAAUGUCCCAAACUUCUUGAGCUGGGUUGCAGGUGUCACAUAAUAUCUGAAUUGAAUAUAUCUUAUGGAGUUGUUAAAGGUGUCGAUCUUGAGAUGGACGAGAAAGAGCUGAUGGAAACCUUUGAGAGCACUGUUGAGAUAAUCUCAUUAAAUCGUUUGAAACGCUUGGAUACACAAGGGAAAUGGGUAAAUAGUGAGACGAUUCGUAUUGGUUUUAAAAACCCUAUAUUACCAGAAUACAUACAUGCUUAUGGUUGUAGAUUCAAAGUUGAACGAUACGUGUUCCCGGUGACUCAAUGUUCCGGCUGCUGGAAGUUUGGCCACUUAGUGAAAUUUUGUCCUUUGAAAAAAAUCAAAUGUCCAAAAUGUGGAGAUAAUCACAUCAAUUGCGAGAAAAAAGAAAUAAAAUGCCUGAACUGCAAGGGAAACCACAUUGUUCUAGACAAGACAUGCCCAGUCUUCCUUAAAGAAAAAAAAAUUCGCAAUAUAAUGAGUGAACAAAACCUACCUUAUAAAAAAGCAUUGGAAUUUGUAUUAAGUGACAAAGAAAUUGGUAAUCAGAAGAAUGUCUCUUUAGAUAAUGGUGAUAGUCAAUCUGUUAUUCUACCAACAACAUCAGUCCCUACCUGGGCCAGUCGCGUUAAGGAAUUUAGCUCUAAUAAUACAAGUUCACCGACUAGUCAAAGUGAAACCACACUCUUUAGAAGGGAAGAAAAGCGAAAACCGACUAUGAAACAGACGAGUAAAACUAAAUUUAUGAAAAGAAUAUCAAAAGAAAAUGAUAACCAACAUUCACAAAUGGAAGAAGAAAGAUAUGAAAGUGAAGAUAUACCUGAGGAGAAAAACGAUGACGAUGAACAAACACAAGAUUAA